AUGGCAGUCAUGGCGUCACCACAGUCAGAACGCGCCUCGGAUCAGAAACCAGUCGAGUCGACACCGGUCAAGGAGGAAAGCAAGCCUGAGACGAACGGUCACGCCGCGCCUUCCAAAACUUCCGCCGACUCUGAUGCCGCGCCAACGGUUAACGGCAAUGGCAAACAUGACGAUGAGAAGAAGACGGCUAACGAUGCCGAUGUGAGCGCCUCCAAAGAUGCCGAUGCACCACCCAAGGAAGCCUCCGCGAAGCCCGAUGAGUCACCUGAAGAGCCCAAGUCCCCCAAGUCUCCCAAGUCUGCCAAGUCUGAGGGCGCAUCGAAAGAUGAAUCAAAGAAGGACGACGUGAAGGACGCAAAGGAAUCGAGCAAGCCUGCUAGCCCGGCACCUGAGGCACCGACCAAAGAUGUCGAGAUGUCGGACGCGACCGAAGAGAAACCCAAGCCCAAGUCAGAGGAGAAGGCCGCUGCCGAGGCCUCUGAGCCUGCGAAAAGCGCAUCUGACUCCAAGGAAGACGUAGAGAUGGGUCAAGAUGAUGAGAAGGUGAAUGGAGCGAAGAAGGAAGAAUCGUCUCCCGCGCUGUCUGCUGCAGCUGGUCAAGAGGUAGAUCUCCACCCAGCAAGUAUGUCGCAACUCGCAAUUGACAGUAACGAGGAAAAGCCGUCAGCACCCAAAGACACCGAUGUGCCAAUGGCCGAUGCACCUUCAGCAGCAAGCAAGGUCUCUCGCGAGCGAGAGGAUGAUGCUGCCGACGAACCCGCACCUAAGCGGGCAAAGACCGAGUCGAACGCCGACUCCCAGGAGGCACGAGCUACCGAAUCCACCGUUGAGGUCAAGCCGCAGGGAGACUUGGCUAAAGGCGAGUCUGCUCUCGAUGACCUCCCGAACUGGAUCGACCCGGAACGCGAUCCGAAGCCGUUAACGUCACACCAAGUACGCGAGUUCCGUAAAGUCCUGGCCGGUGUGAAGAAGACCAAGCACGGCGCCCAUUUCAAAGAUGCCGUGGUCAAAAUGUGGCCCAGUCUUGCCGCGAAUUACAUGGAGCGGAUUAAGAACCCCAUGGACAUUGGUGAACUCGAGCGAAACCUGCGUGACAACAAGUACAGCACCCUUCGCAAGUUCAAGGACGAUCUUGGCUUGAUCUACAAGAACUCAGUCAUUUUUAAUGGCGCUAACAACGAGAUUACCUCUGCUGCGCUCAAUGUUGUCAAGCUGGCCUGGACCCGUGUCGCCGAUAUUCCAUCAAACGAACCUGCCAAGUCCAAGCCUAUUCCCAAACCGUCUCGUCACUCGGAGACGAGAACCUCAGCGCCUCCGCCGCCCGUUCGCAGACCGCCUAGUGUCGCUGCUGCUAGCCCUCCGGCGAAGACUGAGGCGGAGGCGUAUGCUGUUCCCCCUGGUGGUGUGCCUCAGGUUAGACGUGCCUCGACACAGAAUGACUUGGACCGGCCGAAGCGUGCCAUCCAGCCUACAAAGAACCGCGAUCCUGACUACACGGCCAAGAACUUCAACAAGAAGAAGCUUCCCGUUGAGCUGCAGUUUUGCUAUGAGGUCUUGAAUGAAUUGAUGGAUCCUAAGCAUGCUCAUGUCAACUAUGCUUUCCUGCACCCUGUUGACCCCGUUGCCCUCGCCAUCCCCACAUACUUUACCAUUAUUAAGCGUCCUAUGGACCUUGGUACUAUCAUGGGCAAACUGAAGAACCAUGAUUAUCAGACGGCAAAGGAUUUCCAGCUGGAUGUCAAACAAGUCUUUAAGAACUGCUUCAAGUUCAACCAGCCUGGACAACCGGUCUACGAACACGGCCAAGAACUGGAAUCAAUCUUUAGGAAUCUUUGGUCCAAGAAAGAGCAGUGGAUCGCGAAGCACACGCCGGCCAAACCUACUUCUGAUGGCUCAGCUCGCGAUAGUGAAGACGAUGUUGAGGAAGAAGAAGAAGAAGCGACUACCGCCGCCGCGGAACCCGCGACCAAUAAGACGAUCCAGAUGCUCGAGAAGCGCCUCUUGGAAGAAACGCAGCAGCUGACUCAGCUUUAUCAGACGGCAGACGCCUCGAGCGAUGCAAUGAUUGAUCUCCAGCAGUCUGUGAUCGCCACUAUUAGGGCGCGCAUUCUGCAAGAGAAGCAAAACUUGCCAGCUCCAAAGCCUGUCAAAGGAAACAAGGCCAAGCCGCUCAAGUCCAGCAAGCCCAAGACAGGCGGCGUCCCCAGCAAGAAGUCGGCGCCGACCGUGCCCCCCAAGAAGAGCGGUGGCGGCGCACCCAAGAGGCCGAAACAGCGUGCCAUGACUCAGCCCGAAAAGGAUGCGAUUGCCAAUGCGAUUAACGAUCUCGAAAGCCCGCAUAUCGAGCGAGCUAUCGACAUCAUCAAGAAGGAUACCGGCCAAUCCGAAAACAGCAGUGGAGAACUCGAACUUGAGAUUGACCAACUUACCAACGAGGCCCUUCAUAAGCUGUGGGACCUUUGCAAGAAGGCAUUGCCCACUUUUGGCCAAGGUUUGGCAGCUGUUGCUCGUGAACCAUCUCCAGUAAACAACGCGUCUCAGAAGAACGCGUCUAAAUCUAGCAAGCCCAAGAAGAACAAGCCCAUGAACGCCCAGGAACAAGAGGCGCGUAUCGCGGAACUUGAGAGAUUGCGAAACAUGUACGGCAAGGGCUCCGACGGCGACCAGGAGCGACCUGACAGCUCCGGCCGGGCAGAUGAAGCACCGAUCCACGGGGAUAGUGAGUCGUCAGACUCAGAAGAGGAGUAA